AUGGACCUAGUCCAAUCGGGACGCCUGCGCUCAGACCACAUCUUGUUCCCCGUGACAUACCUACAGAGUAAGGAAAAAAUAAAGAACCUUAAGAGGGGAGGAGAGACGGGCACUCCCACGAAGGCUCUCUUUGGCACCAUGGCGCCGAAAAGCACGAAGGCCGAGAGGGGAGCGACCGCCGUGAUGGAGACCAAUAGUGCCAGCAUAGUUUCAAAACGCAGUGUGGAGCGCAUCUACUAUCCUGAGCCUCACUUUUUCCGCUAUUUUGUGAAGAAGCCCCUGAGGCGCUCGCCAUUGGUCAAUCGCGGUUACUGGCUGCGCAUGCGUGCUGUGGAAAACAUGGUGCGGAGGUUUCUCGAAGGACCGUCGGGACAUCAGAAAGUUGUUGUGAAUCUCGGCUGUGGCUUCGAUCCACUUCCUUUUCAAUUCCUGAACCGAGACGCUGCUCUGUGCCAAAAUGCCAAAUUCAUUGAUGUCGACCACCAGCAGCUGAUGGUCAAAAAAAGAGAUAUAAUAACCCAAUGCCCUACACUACGGGACCUUCUUUCGGAUGUCCAAUUGACACCAGAAACAGAUAGUAUCCUUUUGCGAAGCAAAGAAUAUGUUGGUAUCGGGUGCGAUCUCGGAGAUCUUUCAGAACUAGAUGCCGCAUUAAGCGGCGUGAUAGGCUUAGAUCAAGCUUCGAUCCUUUGCAUAGCUGAAGUGUCAAUAACUUACAUGGAAGUUGAGCUAGCGGACGCCCUUAUUCGGUUUAUGCCAAAGCUAAGUAAUGAUGUAAAUUUCUGUUUGCUGGAGCAGUAUUUCCCAGAGGGGCCACACCAUCCAUUUGCAGCUGUAAUGAUGAAAGAUUUCUUAAAGCUCCCAUGCCCGUUACAUUCAGUCCAUAAAUAUCCUUCGCUCCGCCAGCAUGAGCAGCGAUUUCGUGGAUCUGGUUGGACAAACGCAAAAGCAACAAACUUAUGGGAACUCUGGAAUGACCCUACAUUCGUUACUGAAGAUGAGAGGCUAUCCCUUGAUUCUAUCGAGGCUUUUGAUGAGUGGGAAGAGUUCGCCCUCUUCGCCUCACAUCAUUUUCUGCUCUCUGCUAGCAUUCGUAAGACGACAGCAGAAUCAGAACCUCCAGAUGAGUCGGGAGAAGCUCUGAUAGAGCCAAUGAAUCUUGGAGGGAAUGACGCUUAUGUACUCAUCUACGGCGGCAAAACUAAUAAUGGUGACGUUUCGGGUACAUGGUUCUUAUGGAAUGUGUCGAAAGGUUGGCAGGAGGCUACUGUAGCCAAUCAGUCUCCUAUAGCAAGAUUUGGGGCGUCAAUUGUGAAUAUCGACGGACAGUCUGGAGUGGUAUUUGGAGGCAUGUCACGAUACGCCGUCGUGCUGGAUGACUUCUGGACCUGGAAACUAGUAAAAUCCAGUGAUGGACGGAUACAUGUCGAGUUAAAUAAUCUCACAGAAACCAUAUGUGCUUCCAGUCCCCUCGAUAAGUGGCUAGGACGUUUUGGGGCAUCAAUAACCACAACGGCAAGGGGCUGCUUUAUAAUUGGGGGGGUGGCCAAGCAUUGCUGCAUACCCCAGGCCUAUGAAAUAAUGCUUCUGAAUAAAAAUGCGCUGGAUGGGUUGGUUCUUGCUCCCAAUAUCCCUCUUUUGACAGCUGUUGGCUUGGACCUUGAAUCCAUCGGACCAAGACCACUCCUUGUUGGUCACUCCUCUUGCAAAGUUGGUGAUGACGAUGUACUCAUUGUUGGCGGUGGUGCUCUUUGUUUCUCAUUUGGGAUAUAUUGGAACGAAAGCACUUGGCUAUUGCAGAGCGCAAAAUCUAAAGCUAUCAACGGGUGGAGUCUUUGCGAACCGUCAACUAACGGACAAGAUGCUAACCUGCUGGAGGAGGUAUCUACUACAACAGUAGAUGAGCGGCCAAAUGCAAAUUCCCCUGGGAUAGAGAUAAUCCCCCGAAUCAACAUUUCGACGCCUCAAGAGUUUCAGAGAGUUGUUGACAAGGCAAAGCCUGUUAUUCUUAGCGGCCUUGAUCUCGGUUCAUGUGUGAAAACUUGGAGGAAAGAAUACCUCGAGAAGGCUAUCGGACGUGAUCGCAAGGUAGUGGUACAUGAAGCAAAAUCCGAAAAUAUGAAUUUCCAGACUAAGAACUUCUCAUACGUCACAAAGGAAUUUGGGAAGUUCAUCGAUGAAAUUUAUGAUGGCUCCCGACAAUAUCUCCGCUCAGUCUCCUCUGUAAACCCUAUGGAACAACCUGCGAAUCUAGCCCAGGACUUCCCUGGUCUUCAAGGUGAUUUCCAUCUCCCGCCCGAACUCUCGUUUGUUUCAGAGAAUGCCCACAGCUUUCCUCUGAGGUUAUCCGGGCCUGUUAUUUUAUGGCUCCAUUAUGAUGUCAUGUCAAAUGUCCUCUGCCAAAUACAAGGUGAUAAGCGACUUAUCCUAUAUCCGCCAUCGGACGUGCUGCGUCUGGGUUUCGCUCCUGGAGCUUCAAGCUCAUCAAUCAAUAUCUUCAAAAAUAUGUCGGAUACUUCUCCGUAUUCCCCACCAAACACCCAUCCUCAUGAAGCUCGCCUCAGGCCAGGAGAUGUCCUUUUCAUUCCACCACUCUGGCCUCAUACUGCGAAUCCAAUCAAUGGAGUGAGCAUAGCUGUCAAUGCGUUUUUCCGGAAUAUUGGUAGAGGUUACGCGGCGGGCCGGGACGUGUACGGGAACAGAGAUCUACAGGCAUAUGAGAGGGGUCGGAUGGAGGUGGAAAAAAUCGCACGGUCUUUUGAUGGCCUUCCCCGUGAUAUGGCUCGGUUUUAUAUGGAUCGGCUUGCUGAUGAGCUCAGACGGAAAGCACAUACAUGA